CCCCAGCGCCGGGAGACAAAACCAUUUACAUCGAAGAAAACACUCCACCAGGAAAUGAAAUCUCUCCAAUGACUGUUAACUAUGAUAAUGGUGGAACACUCGUGUAUGCUCUCAUACCGACCGGAGUUUCCGAGUAUAUCGAAUUGGUAGAUAAUGGGAAUCAGGCUACAUUGAAGUUGAAAAAAGCUUUAGACUUUGAAGUGACGAAACAAGUUUUGUUUAGCGUUCGUGUGUCUGAUAAUCUAGGCUCCACACCCGACAUCGCAGAGUUCGUACUGAAUGUUCUACCAAUGAACGAACACCCACCCACGUUUUCACCUUCUCUUCUCUUUCAAAGAAUCGACGAAAACACUCCCAAUGAUGCAUUAGUAGCAACGCUAACUUGUAAUGAUCCGGAUGUUGGUAGCUCCGGGUGUUUUAAUUUGCGAAUAACUUCCGGUGAUGACGGUAUACAAAACAAGUUCAAGUUGGGUGGCAACCAGCAGAUCAGGACAACGAACACACCGCUAGAUUACGAGACCAAAAUGUUGUACAAUCUAAUUAUUGAGGCGACUGAUGCGCCAUCUACCGGUUCCGUUAGAACAGGAACGAUGACUCUCGUUGUCGCCGUGGAUCCUGUGAAUGAGUUCGUGCCAUCUAUUGUUGGACAACCGCUUGGCAGAAGAAUUGAAGAGAAUGUCCCGCCCGGUACAGAAGUCCUGGAUGUUGACGUCACAGACAAUGAUAAAGGAGAUCACGGGAAGGUCUCGUUUGAAAUGACGGCCGGAAAUACGGGAGAUGUAUUCAUGAUAAUGGAAGAUUCUGGACAAAUCUUCACGAAAGGUUUCCUAGACUAUGAGACCACACCCUCCCACUCUCUGACGAUCAGAGUGACGGACGGGGGUGGAUCAUCCAGCACUGCCGUAGCUACCAUUACCCUGGAGAAUGUAGAUGACAACCCUCCCGAAUGCUCAAAACGCCAAUUACAAAAAUCCAUAGCUGAAAACACUACUGUCGGAAGCAAGAUUGCCGCUAUUGAUUGUUCAGACAAAGAUGGGUCAAGCUUUCCAUUAAGUUACAGUAUUUCCCCGCAAGGUUAUUUCGUCAUAACCGGAAGUGGAGAUUUACAGGUUAAACGAGGUUUGGACUACGAUUCAGGAACCUACUCCCACAGCCUGACCGUAGAGGUUAGAGACUCGGUACACACAGCAACGGUAAACGUCUUAAUACUUCUGACGCCCAUUAACGACAAUGGACCCAAUUUUCUGGCACUCAGCGUUGACGUCAGAGAGGACACGCUAAUUGGAGCAGAGAUCGCCACAGUAUCUGUCAUUGACAGUGAUGCCUACCCAGAUAAUGUCCACCAAUUUUCAAUCGUAUCAGUGGAAAACGGACUACCUGAUGACUUUUUGAUUGACAGUUCCAGUGGUAAAAUAUACCUUGCACACAAACUUGACUACGAGACCACGACAUCCUACAGGAUUACUAUAUCUGUAGACGAUGGUGGAGUUUACCAGACGACAGGAAAAGUGAAUGUUUACGUACAGAACGUCAAUGAUAACCAACCAUUGUGUCAGAAUUCUGUGCUGACAGCCUCGGUCUCGGAACUAGCAGAUGCUGGUUUCGUUGUCAUCCCAAAUUUGGGUUGUUCAGAUCGGGAUCGAGAUGCCCUCUCUUAUUCUUUCAAUCAACAGCCCAGUGACAAUAGAUUCACAGUGUCUCCUUUUGGAGAGCUUAAAGUUAAUGGUGUAUUGAAUUAUGAAGAAACGCCAUUUUACAGUAUAGAAGUCUCGAUUAACGAUGGAAAAUUCACAACAGUUAUUUCGAUAGCAGUCGAAAUUAUUAAUCAAAACGAAUGGCCACCCACUUUCCUUAAAUCAGCCGUUCAAGUAUCGAUACCAGAAAACCAAUUACCAAGAACUCCUGUAGUAACCGUUUCUGCAAUAGACCGAGACAAUGACCGACUUACAUACAACUUCCGAACCACGUACAGGAAUUUUGUUUUGGAUUCCAACAGCGGCGAAAUUUUCCUUACCACUCCUUUAGACAGAGAAAUGGAAGAUGUUUACGAACUUCACGUUUUGGCCUCUGAUGGAGGUAGGCAGUCUACUGCUACAGUGAUGGUCGAAGUUAUAGAUGUGAAUGAGCCUCCUCAGUUUACUAAAUCAAAUUAUAGGUUUUCUGUAAACGAGAACACAGCGUCAGGUCAGACUAUUGAGUCUGUAACAGCCGAUGAUAAAGACACGACCGGGGACAACAUGAAGCUAAGUUACAGCAUAGUAUCGGGCAACGGAGAGUCCUUCUUCCAAAUUAACCCAAACACUGGAAAACUCAUGGUCGAUUCACCACCAGAUUACGAGGUUGCAACAGACGUUCUUUUGCUGAUCAGAGCGACUGAUAAAGGGACUCCACAGCAGUCUGAAGUAUGCUCUGUAAGGAUUGAAAUAAAGGACAUCAAUGAUAAUCAACCAAUGUUUUCUUCGAGUACAAUUCAGAUAUGGAUACCAGAAGACGUGGCAGUUGGCAAAUCAGUGACACAAAUAUUCGCUUCAGACAAAGAUUCCGCGCUCAACGGCAACAACAAACUGAGCUAUAGUUCUGAUUCAAAUGUCCCCUUUGAAAUUGACCCAAGCAGCGGAGUUGUGACGGUUACGAAUGAUUUGGACAGAGAAACUACUGAAAGAUAUGAAAUGAUAGUCAUUGCUACUGACAAAGGGAAUCCGCAGUUAAGUGGGACUCUUACAGUCGAUGUGCUCGUCACAGAUGUUAAUGACAACCCACCAUCCGUCAUUGGAACUUACGACACAACAAUACCAGAGGACUUUGCAAUUGGUAUAACGAUUUUCUCAAUAAAGGUUCAAGAUCCAGACGAUAACAGCAACUUCAACUUUAGCAUUCUAACUGGAAAUAUUGAUUCUAGCUUCACUUUAGACCCUACAGACGGAUAUCUAAUAUUGUCAUCUAAGCUUGACCGGGAGCUCGUCGAAAGGUACGAGAUCGUCAUACAGGUAGCUGACGUAGGCGAUCUAUCGUUUUCCACGUCUGUGACCACUACUAUAAAUAUAGAUGACGUGAACGAUGUUAAACCUGCGUUCAAAUCGUCUUCGUACGAUUUUUCCGUGAAAGAACAUACAAUGUUAGCGACAACAGUUGGAAAAGUGGAGGCAACCGAUGGUGAUGAAGGAGAAAACUCCAAGUUGUUUUAUAGUAUAGCGACUCUAUGGACAGGAGGGGACGGGAUGUUUGCUAUAAACCAAUCGUCUGGAGAAAUAUAUACGAUAAAAGAUUUAGAUCGCGAGAUCGAGUCACAAUAUUUAUUGUGGAUUCGAGUUCAAGAUGGCGGAUCUCCACCAUUUUCCACUGAGAUCACCGUAAACAUUACUGUGGAAGACAUAAAUGACCAGACGCCAGUAUUUGAAAAACAAGCAUAUAAAGCAUCAAUACUAGAAAACUUGGCGAAAGGAAGCAAGAUUCUGACAGCAAAAGCUUUGGAUUUAGAUGAGGGUUUAAAUGGUGAGGUGAUCUAUGAGAUAGAUUUCACCACACAGGAGGGUAUAUUGGCGGAACAGUUCUUUGGUGUAAGGUCGGAAUCUGGAGAUAUCAUUCUAAAAAGACAAGUUGACCGAGAGGUAUACCAGGAACUUACGUUUCCUAUGAUUGCAAGGGACAGUGGGGCUCCACCAAGGUCGUCGAAAGUUAACGUGACUAUCGAAAUCAUAGAUGUUAACGAUAACAGGCCUCAAUUCUUGCCCCAGUUCUAUAAUUCAGAGGCUUCGAUGACUGAUUAUUGUGACGCAGUUAUCACCACAGUAAUAGCUGUUGACAGAGAUUCUGUAGCAAAUGCCGUUAUUAGUUAUCGACUUAACCCAACAGAGACUGAUUCUCUGUUCCAGGUGGAUAAUUUUGGAGAUGUUAAAUCUGGAAACCAACUGACAGAAUCUAAAUACGUUCUCCAAAUCGAAUCAUUUGAUGGAGGAGAACCUCCACUUACUUCUCUAAAAGAUGCUUUAGUAAGGAUUGAUACAUUUGAGUCAGAAAUGGUAGUUAUCACGUUUUACCUGCAGUUGACGUUGGUCACUUAUUUGGCAAUGGAAAAUGAGUUUAUCGACCAUUUGCAAGAGGUAUUCAGAGAAGAUUUUCCUACUUCAUACGUUCGACGCUGGUGCAUUACGGACAAAAUACAGUCAGUUAUUGUACAUGUGUAUGCUGUAAGAAAUGACAUCACAAAUGACGUAAAAAAUUUGCAGUUGGAGAAGACGUUCUUAAAAAAUGGAGACCUUAUAGAAAGAUUGCAACUGAACCUCAACGAAAUUCCUACUGUUUUAGUAGAAGGAAAGACAUGGGACAGAUUUCAGGUAGAAAAAGUAGUACCAUUAGGAGAAACGCUCCUUUACUCGCCACCCGAUACCGUUACACAAGCGGAGGAAAAAGAUGACUUGGGACUUAUUUUGGGACUGACCUUUGGUCUUCUGGCAUUGCUCAUCAUUUCCGUUUUCAUUGUUUACCUUGCAUGGAGACGAAAAUGGUGUAAAAAUAGAGAUUUUAACUUUCUUAAUUCCUCUAAAAAUCCUCGCGUACAGAUAAUAGAAAUCAAGAGUUUGAGCGAUAAAUCGCCAGAUGAUGGCGACGAGGUGACCGGAGGUAAGAUCAAAGGAACGAAAGCGACGUCAAUAUUAGCCGUUUCCCCGCUAAAGCACACUGAAUUACCUAAACCCGAGAGGGACACAAAUGAACCAUUACUGAAUAUACCGAGGUCUCAAGCGCCCGUCUUUAUGAAAACUUCACCCAAUUUAUCCAUUCAAAGACCGGACACCCCAGUCUUUGGGAAGACUUCGCCUGACUAUUCAGGCAUCUCAUCGAGGCAGGAAUUCAAGAGCGUCACUUUAAGCCCAUCGUUAUUUGGGAAUCCAAUGUCCAAUACUUCAACGCCCGCACCAACAAAACCUGUUUCAUUUAACCCAAACAGAGGCGUUGAUUUUGUCACUGGUUGGAUGUAUGAAGAAGACCCUGUAACCAAGACCAGAAAGUGGCUUCGAACCCCCGACAACGCUUCUCGAUAAAGCUCAAAAGGAAUGGCGAGAAAACCCCCCUGAAAUAUCACAUUUAUUAGUAAUAUGCGACAGUUCAUUAUUUUAAUGAAGAAAUUUAAGUUUAAACAAAAGUGAAAUGUAUCAUACAUGAUUAAAUUAUUUGUUGACUUAUCAUGAUAGUUAAUGUACAUGUUAUGUUAUUUGUAAUGAAUUGAUGUUUCUGUUUAUUAAAUUAUGACAAAUAUGUAAUAAGAAAUCAUUUAUUCUUUCAAAGCAAAUUAUAUAAAAUUGCAUAUAAAAAUAUAACACAACGCAGUGAAUCUUCCUGAGUUUUCAUGUGCAAACCAAAAUUUAAUGUUGUUUUGCAAUAUAUCAAAAUAACAUGUACGUCAAAAUACAUUUGUAGAAACCAAUGUACAUGGCAAACCCCAACGAGAUGUUAACACACGUGCUCAAUUAGGUUCCGUUUGUCCUUGUCUAUGAUUGACGAUGCCCACAAACAUGCAAUAUAUGAAUAUUAACAUGCAACUGAAAAUAGAGCAUAAUGUAGAAGGGGAAAAUUCUGAAGUGUAUCCCCCAAUGCACUUUAACUAUUGUUGACGAAUGUUUCCUUAUUCCAAAAACAAUUGUAUUUGAAUUUUUUAAGUUGUUAAAAAAAACAAAAAAACAAAAAAAAAACAAAAAAAAAAAACAAACAAAACAAACUAAAAAACAAACCAAAAAAAGCUUUGGUUCUAUUUACGGUUGGUAGAUUUCAAAAUACCUAAAUUAUUUGAAUGCAUACAACUUCCAGAUUUAACAGAAUUGUUGUGAUUCAAUGUUUCUUUAGUCUCUUCAAGCUCAUUCAGUAUAUAAAAUUGUAUUUUCUAAUAAUCAGACGUCACUGAUUAAUUUUCAAGUGAAACUAAAACAAAACCAUAUAACAUCAACAAAUUUGCAAACACAUUAUCUUUAAAAAUCUUCAACAACAACGUAGCAUAUGCAACAACAAAAACAAAAUGACUUGUAUUUGGAACUGAAUCAUUGAAAUACAUAUAUAUAUAUAUAU